UAAAGUUGUACAGUACGUCUCUCUCUUGGGAUGCCUAUAUCCAUCUUUCUCAAAAUAGUUUUCAUUUCUAUUGAAGGUUCUCAUCUUUCUCGAGUGUUUAUCAAAAGUGAGAGACAUAUAUAUAUUUACAUAGGAUUUUGAUUUGAUUCAUAGCUAGGAUUUGGAAUUUCAUUGUAGUCUGCUACCAUGACAAUUGCUGCUCGCCCAUUGAUUUGUGUACAACCAGAAGACCUCAAAUUUCAAUUUGAGCUGGAUAAACAAAGUUAUUGUGACCUUAAAGUUACAAACAACACAGAGCAUCAUGUUGCAUUUAAGGUAAAAACUACAUCUCCAAAGAAGUAUUUUGUGCGACCAAACACAGGUGUGAUGCAGCCAUGGGACUCUUGCCUUGUAAGAGUGACCCUUCACAUUCAACGAGAAUACCCUCCUAAUAUGCAAUGCAAAGAUAAAUUUCUGGUGCAAAGCACUAUUGUACCUCCAAUUACAAACGUGGACGAGCUUCCUCAAGACACAUUCAACAAGGAAGUAGGAGACACAUUGCAAGAGUGCAAGCUUAGAGUCAUCUACGUCAGAGAGCAGGAUGGCCUUGGUCGAAAUUCUGGUGCCAAUGGGGUAUUGCAGCGUCUAAGGGAUGAAAGAGAUGCCGCUGUGAGCCAAUCACAAAAACUGCAACAAGACUUGGAAAUAUAUAAAAGGAGGAGGAGUCGUAAAAAUAAUUAUGGGCUCUCCGUCAAAUUUACACUUCUUGUGGGCCUUAUCGGUAUGGCAAUGGGCUUCCUUCUCAACUUCUUAUCAUCCGAACCUUCACAAUAACUUGAUUUCCUAAUUUUUUUUAAAUCAUUUUAUAAUUUUAUUUUACACACCUGCAUUAUAUGUAAUCUUUGUAUAAUUUAUUUUUUCCUCUUCCCGUCUUACAUCGGUUUUUUUUUUUCUUGAAAUAGUUUGAUUGUAGAAAAUACAACUACAGUUUAAUGACUAGUUUAUUUUAACAAAAAUAUCCCGAACUAUAUAUAAUUACAACUGAAUCUUCUAACAAAAAUAUCUGAAUGACCACAAAACCAACAUUAAUAUCCCCAAAUAUGAUUUGUGGUCAUGAAAAGAUACCAAAACUCAUAAGAAUUUACUAUUUUCUUAAAGAAAAAUAGGCAAUGAAAUAAUGUUAUUUUGAUGCUAGAUCAUUUUUAUUAUAUUUGUUAAAUCAACGUAAACGUCUCCGAGCCACAUUCAUUUUAGUAAUUUUGAUAGUUAGAGUUUGGAAUGUUUCCACUAAAAGUUCAAUAAUUCGUGUAUUUAAUCGUGAGUGUAUAGUUAGGAACAAUUUUAUUAAAAGGUCAAUAGGUAGAUAGUUUC